AUGUCUCCUAAUUACCCAUGCGAAUAUGACGAAGACACGGUCUACAACUGGACGUUUAAUACUUAUCCUGGACGAUUUCUUGCAGUCAAGUUUCACGAUUUUGAUCUUGAAGAAAACUCUGAUUAUGUUUCUAUCAUGAUUGUCGGGGAUGAAGUUGGAAGAUACACUGGUUCAGACACACCAUCAAUCACAACAUCCUCAACUAAUGAACUGACUGUUAUUUUUCAAAGUGAUGAAAGAGGAACACGUAAAGGUUUUGAAGCUGAAAUACUUGUUCUCGGAGCCAGAGAAGGCUUUUGUUCGGAUUUUGAAGAUGGAUUCUCUGGAUGGUUUGAUCCGAGAGAUACUGUUGGAUUUUGGGCUGCUGGUCAAUUUGAGCGUUCAUCAGAGGGAAACACUCGUUUUUCUGUUUACACUGGCCACUCAGCAUCCUCAGAUAAUUAUUACGUUCAUGCCAAUAUAACAAGUAAUGAAAUUUCUACCCAAUAUUGUAUCAGCAGUCCAGAAAUUCCAGAGGCUUGGAGUCAAUUUUGUGUACAGUUAUAUUAUCAUCGUCAAUUAACAUAUAGAAAUAAUGUCCAAUUCAGUCAUGUUUAUAACGACAGUACUCAAACCAAGUAUAUACAUGUUGACUUUGACCAAACUGUAUGGAAUUACAUUAAUUGGACAUUUUCCAACAACAACCCACCAAACUUUUUCCAGAUAAAUGCACUACUCGUCAACCAAUACGAUAUAUUAGCCGUUGAUGACAUUUACAUAAGCAAAGGCAAUUGUUCAGCAACUGACACAACCACUAUUACUACUACUCCUGCCUAUAGCCAACAGCCAGUGACUAAGGCGGAGUGUUCAGGUUCCACUACCAUCAAAUCCUCCCUGGUAUCGCCACUGGAUGGAGAGAACAUGACAACAUCUGGCAACUAUUCCCAACCAAGAACAACAGAUGCUCAGGGUAUAGUUCAAAUAACUUUACAAGUAGAUAGACCAGAAGUAGUCAACGUUUCUCUGAUGUCUGAAGAGUAUAGUGUCACAUUUAGCACUUCAGCAAUUGACACAUUGGAAGAAGAUGGACCAUUCAGGAUUGUUGCAAGUCUGACUCUGCUCAAGGAAAAUUCCCCUAUGGAAACUAUCAAUGAAGAGGUGUUACCUAGUGUGACUGAUAUCGUUGAUAUUAGUAUUUACGAUAAAAAUCAGAAGAAUUUAAUAAAUGUAAACAGUAAGAUCCAGUUUCCUAUUAUUAAGGAUACGAAAGGCAAUCUAAUUCUAGUAUGUCAUCACACACCUCAUUUUACUCAAGACACACCCACUUUAUGGUCACCAAACGGAUGUGAGACUGUCUAUGACGACUACCGUGUGAGUGGCGCAACGUGUAAAUGUAAUCACCUUACGUCAUUUGUUAUUCUGAUGAAACCGAAGCAGAUUAAGGAGAACAGGAAUUUGUCCGUGAUUACGACUGUUGGACUUGCAAUUUCCAGUUUCUUUCUCAUCAUCACUCUCGUUAUCAUCCGCAGUUUCAGGUGCUGGUUGGAUACUCGGUCCCGAGCCAUCUGGGCUUUCAUUGCUCCUGUUUGUCUCACACUUCUGAUUGUCCUGAUACAGUUGAUGAUUACUGGCUACGUAGCCUUCAAAAAAUCCAAAGUACCGAACCUAACCCGCAAAGAAACUGAAAAACUCAAACAAAUCAGAACUCUAUUCGCUGGUAUGCUUCUCCUUACACCAGCUGUUGGACUCUCAUGGAUUUUCGGUGUUAUAAUUGUCUUUUGUCAUUCGGAGAUGAUGGAAUAUGUAUUUGUAUUCAUAAAUUCAAUGCAAGGAUUCUACAUCUGGCUCACGCAGUGCGCCCUCAGCGGAGAGGUUCAACUUGCAUUGAAGAAGAGGUUCAAAAAUCGAACAGGACAUGAUAUUAGCAUCAAUACUAUCAGUAGCACUACAAACACCAACCGUGUUACAAUUGAAGAGUUGUAGGACUUAACGUGUCAGGCUCCUCAUCACCAACACCAAGACGUUUUGACAAACAGAUUGAAAACUAUACAAUGCAUUUUGGUUUAUAGUUAAGUGAUAAGUAAUGCAUAUGAAAUUGAGUGCCACACACAUGCACAUGUAUGCAAAUAUGAAUUUUUUAUUUUUCCUAGAUGACAGUAAAUAAA